CUCAGCAGGCUCCAGUCUACCAACUGGUCUCUGUAACUUCAUCUUUGUCUCUGUGGUGUCCAGUCUUCAGGUGAUGAUGGGGGUAUUGAAUCAUCUCUCUACUCUCCUCCUCCUCUCUCUCCUUCCUCCUUCUCUCUCUCAUGUAGUGGGGAAGUUCAGCGAAGUUAAAGAGUGCAGUCAUUUCUUCCUGGAGGGGACAACUCCAAAUCUACCGGGUAUUUUGGUUGAUGGGACAGUCAAGGACCAGAACCGCUACAAGCCUAUCUGCCAGUUGUUUAAAUACAUGAAGAAAAAGGAAGUUUACAACACCUACAUGUUUGCAACUCUCUACGACACAACAAACAAGAUCCCUGUGUUCUCAGCCUUCACCUUCACUGGGGUUGGAUCAAGCGAGAGAAGACCAGAUACAUGGAUGAUUGAACCUCAGGUAAUUAAAAAAUAAUAAUCAAAUUCGACAUUUAAUGCCAACGUUGAACAAUAACCUUGAAUAGACCAUUAAUACUGUCCUUGUCUAGCAAGAUUGCAUGUCUGUAUUGGAUAGUUUCCAAAAUAAAAAAACUGAAAUACCUUAUUUACAUAAGUAUUCAGACCCUUUGCUAUGAGACUCGAAAUUGAGGUGCAUCCUGUUUCCAUUGAGCAUCCUUGAGAUAUUUCUGCAACUUCAUUGGAGUCCACCUGUGGUAAAUUCAAUCGAUUGGACAUGAUUUGGAAAGCCACACACCUGUCUAUAAAAGGUCCCACAGUUUACAGUGUAUGUCAGAGCAAAAACCAAGCCAUGAGGUCGUAGGAAUUGUCCGUAGAGCUCUGAGACAGGAUUGUGUCGAGGCACAGAUCUGGGGAAGGGUACCAAAACAUUUCUGCAGCAUUGAAGGUCCCCAAGAACACAGUGGCCUCCAUUAUUCUUAAAUGGAGGAAGUUUGGAACCACCAAUACUCUUCCUAGAGCUGGCCUCCCGGCCAAACUGAGCAAUCGGGGGAGAAGGGCCUUGGUCAGGGAGGUGACCAAGAACCCGAUGGUUCACGCUGACAGAGCUCCAGAGUUCUUCUGUGGAGAUGGGAGAACCUUCCAGAAGGACAACCAUCUCUGCAGCACUCCACCAAUCAGGCCUUUGUGGUAGUGGUCAGACAGAAGCCACUCCUCAGUAAAAGGCACAUGACAGCCCCCUUGGAGUUUUUAUUUUUAUUUAUUUUGAAUUUUUUUAUUGUCUGCGUCACUUCCAAUCCCCCAUAUGUUUUUUUUUUUGUUCUCGCAAAUAUAUAUACAGCUCUGGAAAAAAUUAAGAGACCACUGCACAUUUUUCUUAAAUCAGCAUCUCUACAUGUAUGAAAGCCAUUCCAUUCCAGUGUCUGUUGAAUUCCAACACAGGCACACCUCAUUCUACUGAAUUAGGUACUGAUUAGGUGAUCACCUGAACCAAAUCUUAUUUAACGUGGAAAAGUAUAAUCACUAUCCUCUUGCAAUAGGACCAGCUGGAUGGCAAAAAAAGUGCUAAUUGUACCUCAAAUGUAAUAUUAAUCAAAAAAUAACUAUUGACCAUGCCAAAAGAGUUGAAAAGGAAAGUUUUGAUUGAGGAAAAGAAGGGUUCAAUUCUGUCUUUACUGGCAGAGGGAUACAGUGAGCAUCAGGUUGCUUCCAUCCUUAAAAUUUCAAAGACGGCGGUUCAUAAGAACAAGGUCAAGCAGCAGACAUUGGGGACAACAAAGCUACAGACCGGCAGAGGGUCGAAAACGACUCUCUACUGACCGGGAUGACCGCCAACUCAUUUGAAUGUCACUCAACAACCGUAAGAUGACAUCAAGUGACCUACAAAAAGAAUGGCAAACGGCAGCUGGGGUGAAGUGCACGGCGAGGACGGUUCGAAAACAGGCUCCUAAGGGCAGGGCUGAAGUCGUGCAAAGCUAUAAAAAAGCCCUUCGUCAAUGAGAAGCAAAGAAAAGCCAGGCUGAGGUUUGCAAAAGACCAUAAGGAUUGGACCGUAGAGGACUGGAGUAAGGUCAUCUUCUCUGAUGAGUCCAAUUUUCAGCUUUGCCCAACACCUGGUCAUCUAAUGGUUAGACGGAGACCUGGAGAGGCCUACAAGCCACAGUGUCUCGCACCCACUGUGAAAUUUGGUGGAGGAUCGGUGAUGAUCUGGGGGUGCUUCAGCAAGGCUGGAAUCGGCCAGAUUUGUCUUUGUGAAGGACGCAUGAAUCAAGCCACGUACAAGGUUGUCCUGGAAGAAAACUUGCUUCCUUUUGCUCUGACAUUGUUCCCCAACUCUGAGGAUUGGUUUUUCCAGCAGGACAAUGCGCCAUGCCACACAGCCAGGUCAAUCAAGGUGUGGAUGGAGGACCACCAGAUAAAGACCCUGUCAUGGCCAGCCCAAUCUCCAGACCUGAACCCCAUUGAAAACUUCUGGAAUGUGAUCAAGAGGAAGAUGGUUGGUCACAAGCCAUCAAACAAAGCCGAGCUGCUUGAAUUGUUACGCCAGGAGUGGCAUAAAGUCACCCAACAUCAAUGUGAAAGACUGGUGGACAGCAUGCCAAGAUGCAUGAAAGCUGUGAUUGAAAAUCAGGGUUAUUCCACCAAAUAUUGAUUUCUGAACUCUUCCUAAGUUAAAACAUUAGUAUUGUGUUGUUUAAAAAUGAACAUGAACUUAUUUUCUUUGCAUUAUUCGAGGUCUGACAACACUGCAUAUUUUUUGUUAUUUUGACCAGUUGUCAUUUUCUGCAAAUAAAUGCUCUAAAUGACAAUAUUUUUAUUUGGAAUUUGGGAGAAAUGUUGUCAGUAGUUUAUAGAAUAAAACAAAAAUGUUAUUUUUACCCAAACACAUACCUAUAAAUAGUAAAACCAGAGAAACUGAUAAUUUUGCAGUGGUCUCUUAAUUUUUUCCAGAGCUGUAUAUAUACAUAUAUACAUACAUACAUGCAUACAUACAUACAUAUCCUUAAAAAAAAUAUAUUUCCCUUUAUUACUUUCCAACCCCACCACCCCUUCUCUAAUUGGAGUAAACUAGUGAACAACAAUGCUUAGGCCUCUACUUCCAGCUUAUACAUACUAUAUACAUUUUAUGGACACAGUCAAUUUUACAAUAAUUCUAUUUUGUUUGUUUUUACUCAUGAACUUCCUCAACCUCUCCGAUCAUUUUCAUGAUGUCAAUCCGGUUUGCUUCUAUAUGCCAUAUCUUUCUAACUGUGCUCUUUCACAAAAGCUCUCAACCUAUAACCUAUAUACUUAUUAUGGACACAGUAUGCUUACAUUAUUAGUUAUCUUGUUGUUAUUAGUUGUUGUUAGUUGUUAUUAGUCUCAUCCUUCAACUCCAUUCAACACCACCCAUCUAUCUCUUAAAACCAUCCAUAUAGGAUUUCUAUUUGCCAUAUAUAUUUCAACUGUACUGUGAUGUUUUACAAAAGUUCUGAACCUUUCUAUUCUCAAUGUUUCUACAGAUUGUAAAUUGAAUAUAAACAUUUUUGCUAAAAAGUAUUAUUAUUUUAUUGAUCGAUUGACUAUGACUUUUCAGAUCACCCAGUAAUGCUAUCUGCAGGGUUAGCUCCAGGUAAAUAUUGCAAUCCUUUAGCCAUUCCUGGACCUGUGUCCAAAAACAAGCUACAAAUGGACAGUACCAAAACAAAUGAUCUAAUGAUUCUGUCUCUUCGCAGCAAAAUCUGCAGAGCUGGGAAGAUUGUAUCCCCCAUAUAAAUAACAUUCUAUUGGUAGCAAGAAUUUUACAUAGUAAUUUCAAUUGAAAAAUGGUAAGUUUUGAAUCCGGCGUCGUUUUGCGUAUCAGUUCAUAAAUGCUAUGCCAUGGAAUCGGUACGUCAAAAAUCUCUUCCCAACUAUUUUGCAAUCUAUAUAGGACGGCUGUCAAUCUUUUGGCCCUUAAAUGAAACUGGUAUACUUUUUUAUUUAUCACAGUUUUCUUUAACCAAUUAUGUUCUUUAAUGCAGGGCCGACAGACAAGUUCCUUACUUUUUCCCGCUUACAUUUUUGCGGUAAUGCUGCAAUUAUUUGGUUGUAAUUUUGGGUAGAGCAGACAUUUCCAUAUGUUGUUGUUAGCUGCAUGUGCGACAUAACUCCACCAGUCCUACCGAUGAUAACAUUUACGAAGAUUAUACCUUUUUUAAACAUUUUGUUAAAAAAAGAUAGGUUUUUUAUCAAUUAGUAUAUUUGAGUUUAACCACAAAAUUUGUUGCAUUAUUUGUUCUGUCGUUUCUGGAGGAUUAAAUUGAAAUUGCAACCAACAUUUUCUAUGGCUUGUUUUAGAAAUAGUGAUAUUUGGGAGAUUAUUUCCUUUUCAUAUAACUGAAAGUGAGGGUUGUAAUCUGAAUAAAGGGAAAAAGGAUUUUUAACAUUUGGGGGGAAAAACCAUUUUUUUGGAACAUUGGUUUAAAAAAACUUUUUAUCUGAAGAGUGAUUUAAUUUUUAAAUUUUUUCUUUUGUUAAUUUAAACUUAAUAAAAAUUUUUUUAAAUUUUUUCGGUUCCCUUUCCAAAUAAUUAAAUUUUUUUUUCCUUUUUAAAAAAAUUUUUUUUUUUCCCAAAAAUAAAAAACUGUUUGGGUAAAAAAAGUUAAGGGGUAUUUUAAAAAAAACCCGGUAUUUUUUCCCCAAAAAAAUUUUCAUUUUUUUCUUUUUAUUAAAAAUUUUUAACAUUUUUUUCAUUUUUAAGGGGGGAAAAGGGUUUAACCCCAAUUGGAAUUUUCCCCCAUUAAAAAAAUCCCCAAAAUUUUUUUAAAGGUAAAACUCAAAGAAAAAAUUAAAAAAAAAACCAAAAAAUUUCUUUUAGGGUUUAAUGAAGUAAAAUUAUUGGGAAAAAAGUUUUUGGAAAACCCCAAGUUUUGGUUUAAGGGAAAUCUUUUAAACCUUGUUUGCCAUUUACCUUUUGGGGAAAAUUUUUAGUGAACCCCCCAAACCCCAAAAAUCCACCCCAAAUCCCCUAUGGGGCCAAAGGGCCAAAAAACUUGUGACCCACCUGGAAAAAAUUUCAAAUUAAAGGGGGGUUUUUAAAAAAAAAUUGGGAAAUUAUUAAAAUAAAAAUCCCAAAAAAUUUCCCCAUUUUACCAAGAUUCCCCCCGGGGGGAAAAAAUUCAAAAGGGGAGGGUCCCCCCCGGGGGGCCCAGUGAAUGUAGGCUGGGCCCCAAAUAACCCCCAUAUCCCCAUACCCCCGGGGUAAAACCCGGGGGAAAUGUCCCCCUUAACCAAAAUUUUUCUCAUUUUGUCUGUCAUAGUUGACGUGUACCUAUGAUGAAAAUUACAGGCCUCUCAAUUUUUUAAGUGGGAGAACUUGCACAAUUGGUGGCUGACUAAAUACUUUUUCCCCCCACUAUUCCGAGUAAAUCCACAUCACCAUCAGACCAUUUUAUUGGUAAACUACAUGGUAAUGUAAAAUUUUUAUUUUUUUGUGAUCCAAUACGUAAUAUAGUACAUUUGUCAUAAUUUGGUUGUAAUCCAGAGAGGUUAGAAAAUGUAUCUAGAUCCUCUAUGAGGCUGUGGAGGGAUUCAAGUUGUGGAUUUAAAAGAAAACAUGCAUACAAUGACACCUUUGUUUUUAAGCCCUGGAUUUCUAAUCCCUUGAUAUUAAUGUUGGAUCUGAUUUUAAUAGCUAACAUGUCGAUGGCCAUAAUAAAUAGUUAUGCCGAUAGUGGACAACCUUGUUUCACUCCUCUUGACAGUUUAAAACUUUCUGAGAAAUAGCCAUUAUUGACAAUUUUACACCUAGGGUUACUAUACAUGAUUUUAACCCAAUUUAUAAGUGAUUCUCCAAAAUUGAAAUGCUCCAGGCAUUUAUAUAUAAACCCCAGUCGUACUUUAUCAAAUGCCUUUUCGAAGUCUGCUAUGAAUAGCAGGCCUGGUUUCCCAGAUUUUUCAUAGUGUUCGAUUGUUUCCAGUACUUGCCUAAUAUUAUCUCCGAUGUAUCGUCCAUGUAAAAAACCUGUCUGAUUAGAAUGAAUAAUGUCCGACAAUACCUUUUUAAUUCUAUGCACUAUACAUUUUGCUAGAAUUUUUGCAUCACAACAUUGAAGGGGCCUCCAAUUUUUUUAAUGGACUGGAUCUUUAUAUUUUCCACUUGUAUCAUGUUUCAGUAAUUAUGAAAUCCGACCUUCUUCUUGAGUGUCUGAUAAUCUACCUAAUCUAAAAAAUGUCUACAAUUAGCUUCAGUUAGAGGAGAUGAAGGUGACUGAAACGAAAACAUGUGCUUAAAGUCCUUUGUUUCCUCCAUCAAAAUAUAAUUUGGUGAAUCAUGGGUGACUCCGUCAUUUGUAACCAGUUUCAAUAAAUUAUUUUUGGUAGCAUUCCUAUGUUGAAGAUUAAAAAAGAAUUUGGUGCAUUUUUCCCCAUAUUCCAUCCAGUUUGCUUUAUUUUUAUAAAAUAUUACACUUGAUCUUUCUUGAAUAAGUUUCUUCAUUUCUUUUUGUUUUUCCUCUAAUUUAUUCUGAGCCUCUAUGUUACAGUUUUUAUUGCUAUCUAUCUGUUCUGUUAGACCUUCUAUAUCCUUUGUUAGUAUGGACUCUUUUGACCUAAAUUGCUUUUGUUUUCGAGAUGAGUACUGAAUUGCAUGGCCUCUAAAGCCCGCUUGGAGUUUGCCAAAAGGCACCUAAAGGACUCUCAGACCAUGAGAAACCAGAUUCUCUGGUCUGAUGAAACCAAGAUUGAACACUUUGGCCUGAAUGCCAAGCGUCACGUCUGGAGGAAUCCUGGCACCAUCCCUAGGCUGAAACAUGGUGGUGGCAGCAUCAUGCUGUGGGGAUGUUUUUCAGCGGUAGGGACUGGGAGACUAGUCAGGAUCGUGGGAAAGAUGAAUGGAGCAAAGUACAGAGAGAUCCUUGAUGAAAACCUGCUCCAGAGUGCUCAGGACCUCAGACUGGGGCGAAGGUUCAUCUUCCAACAGGACAACGACCCUAAGCACACAGCCAAGACAACGCAGGAGUGGCUUCGGGACAAGUCUCUGAAUGUCCUUGAGUGGACAAGCCAGAGCCUGGACUUGAACCUGAUCGAACACCUCUGGAGAGACCUGAAAAUAGCUGUACAGCGACGCUCCCCAUCCAACCUGACAGAGCUUCAGAGGAUCUGCAGAGAAGAAUGGGAGAAACUCCCCAAGUACAGGUGUGCCAAGCUUGUAGCGUCAUACCCAAGAAGACUCUAGGCUGUAAUCGCUGCCAAAGGUGCUUCCACAAAGUACUGAGUAAAGGUUCUGAAUACUUAUGUAAAUGUGAAAUUUCUGUUUUUUUUAUUUUUAAUGUAUUUGCUAACAUUGUGUGUGGAUUGAUAAGGGGAGAAAAAACGAUUUAAUCCAUUUUAGAAUAAGGCUGUAAUGUAACAAUGUGGAAAAAGUCAAUUUCCGAAGGCACUGUUUAGGUCUGAUAUACAGGUCUGAUAUACAGGUCAGUGCAGUGCCUGUAUACAGUAUAACUGCAUUGAAUGAUUUAUGAAUAUUGUUUCUACAGCUGGACGGAGGACUAGACCGAGAUAUGAGUCUGGAGAAGGACGGAGUCACUUAUACACACCAGGCUGUCAAUCAGGACUUCCACAACUCUGUAAACCCAACAGGGCUGACGAAAGGGCACAUUUUCCCCAAAGGUUACGCAAACCAACCCGCUAAUCAGAACUCCACUUUUACCCUGACCAACUGUGUUCCUCAGGUACAGUCAUUUAACGACGGCAGCUGGGGAACGAUGGAGCGUAAGGUUAGAAAGGUUCUCCUAAGCCAAUGCCUAGAUAAUACCGGUAAGCCCAAGGCCUAUGUGGUGACUGGAGCAGCGCCCAGUACGAACAACACACUGAACAACCGAGUGAACAUCCCGGAUCUCCUGUGGACAGCCUACUGCUGUUACAACAGCAAGAAGAAAACGUGGAUUGCCAAAGCACACUGGAGCCGGAACCAAGAGGAACUGAACAAAAACGUAUUGGUCCCCCAAACCUUGGUAAAGCUGAAUUACAAGCUGAACAAGUACUACCCGGGUGGUGAUGUCCAGGUGUUCCCAAAGCAGUGUCCAAGAGGUUCUCUCAGAGAGAGAGCGAGGGGAGAGAAGAGAAGAGCAGAGAGAGGGAGAGAAGACAGA